UUUAAGCAUAGACAAUCAUUCCAUUUUCUCUAUAUAAUCCCUUCACUUCCUUUCUUCCCCUCCUAGCUAGCAAGCUAAUUUCUCAAAGCUGAUCUUUUUUUUUUCCUUGUCUCAUAUAUUAUAAAUUUCAUGGCUUGCUUUUUAAUCUUUCUUCUAAUGAUCCUCAAUAUUAUGGUUCCUUCAAGCAAUGCAGAUUGGCCACCUUCUCCUGGUUACUGGCCAAGCACUAAAUUCAGAACCAUUAGCUUUUAUAAAGGCUAUAGAAAUCUCUGGGGUAUUUCCCAUCAAAGAGCUGACCAGAAUGCAUUAACAAUCUGGCUUGACAGUACUUCAGGAAGUGGGUUCAAGUCAAAUCGUCCAUUUAGAUCAGGUUACUUUGGUGUCAACAUAAAGCUCCAACCUGGUUACACUGCCGGAGUUAUAACAGCUUUCUAUCUUUCAAACAACGAAGCUCAUCCGGGGUUCCAUGAUGAAGUGGACAUUGAGUUCCUUGGAACAACAUUUGGGAAGCCAUACACAUUACAAACCAAUGUUUACAUAAGAGGAAGUGGAGAUGGUAAAAUUAUUGGCAGAGAAAUGAAGUUCCAUCUUUGGUUUGAUCCAACACAAGCUUUCCAUCACUAUGCUAUUUUAUGGAGUCCUAAGGAGAUUAUAUUUCUUGUGGAUGAUGUGCCCAUAAGGACGUAUCCAAGGAAGAGUGCAGCAACAUUUCCACUAAGGCCAAUGUGGAUCUAUGGCUCAAUAUGGGACGCCUCAUCUUGGGCUACAGAGGAUGGAAAAUACAAAGCUGAUUACAGAUACCAGCCAUUUGUUGCUCACUACACGAACUUCAAAGCGGGGGGCUGCUCCGCCUACGCGUCGCCCUGGUGCCGCCCGGUGUCCGCCUCUCCGUUCCGGUCCGGCGGGCUGACCCGGCAGCAGUACAGGACCAUGAGGUGGGUCCAGCGCUACCAUAUGGUGUAUGACUAUUGCAAGGACUACAAGAGAGACCAUUCUUUAACUCCUGAGUGCUGGGGUUAAAUAGUGAAAAAAAAAAAAAAAAAGAUUGUUACAAUUUACCAUUAUUAUGCUAAUUAUGUUAGCAUUAUUAUUUGGAGUUUCCCCUCAAUGUUCACUUCUCUUUAUGAUUCCUUUUCUCUUCUCUCCCAAGAGGCUUCAGAAGAAAUAACCAAGCUAAAAAAAAAAAUUAAAAAAAAAUUGUGAGUUUAUUCAAUUUUUCUGUAUCGAUAAUUGGUGUAAAUGUCCAUUUUGUUUUGUUGUAAUUAUCAGAUUAAAGAGAAGAAAAAAAGUUAUUUUAUUUGUAUACGGAGAAAGAGAAGUCCAAGGCAACAGUUGGGGCCAUGGAUUAUUGAGUGAAGUGUUUCUAAUUGUACCUGCCACGCCAUGCCAUGUUAUUGUUCUUCCUUGAUGCCAAGAAAAGCACUUAAUAAAGCAAAAUGAUUUUUUGU